UUUUCAUGUUGCCGUACAUACAACAUUUUGCCGUGUAGUUUCUCUCUUCUAUUCCUUCUUUAUAAAUCAACUACAGACCACAAUUGAGGGGACUUAUAUCAACACUUUUUUCUUAGAUUUCUGGUUGUUGGGUCUCCCUCAAUUCUUCAUUCCAAAGCUCAUAUAUUUUGAUUGUUUUUCUUUCCGGAUUUGGUCAAAAGUUGGCUUUUCUUUUCUGGGUUUGGCUUCAAUUGUUCCUUUUGUGCUUGUAUUAGAUUCAGUUCAAGGAAAUAUUAAUUGGGUUUUUAAGGUUUUGUUGAUUGGAAAUUUGGAUUGGUUUCUUUUCUUGGAUUUUGAUAUCAAAGACUCAACCUUUUUAAUUGUAGAUUAUAUAAGUAGUCUUUAAUUGCAAAAAUCUCUGUAUAUUAAAUUCAUUUAUUGGUUAUUUUGGUAAUCUAUCUGGAAAAUUUUACCUUUUAUCGUAGAAGAUUUGGAAAAUCUUCUCUUUUUCCGACCUCAAAAGGGUACAAGGUUUGAAUUUUGUUGCAGAUUUUUAGGAGUGUGCGCAAGGAGGGUUUUAGGCCGUAAGGUGGUUUAUAUUUUCUUAUAAAGUUGAAUCUUUGAGAGAUUUAGGUGAUUUAAAAGAUGACAAUUGGGGAUAUAACACCAAAGAAGGAGAGAAAGUCAAGGAGGAGCAAACAUGUGGUUGAUGAUAAAGCUCCCUUGCUGCCAAAACGACAAGAUGAAGAUUCUGGUUAUGAUGAAUUUAAUGGAGCUUCUUUUACUGGCGCAGUGUUUAACUUGUCUACAACAAUUGUUGGUGCUGGGAUCAUGGCCUUGCCUGCUACAAUGAAAGUUCUGGGACUGAUUCUUGGGAUUGCUAUGAUCAUCUUUAUGGCAUUCUUAACUGAUGCCUCAAUUGAGUUCUUGCUUAGGUUUAGUAGGGCUGGAAAAACAACUUCUUAUGGAGGUCUUAUGGGAGAUGCUUUUGGGAAGUAUGGAAGAAUCUUUUUGCAAAUCUGUGUAUUGGUCAACAACAUUGGUGUACUCAUUGUUUACAUGAUUAUUAUUGGUGAUGUGCUUUCUGGUACAUCAUCAAGUGGAGUUCACCAUGCUGGUGUCCUUGAAGGGUGGUUUGGAGAACACUGGUGGAAUGGGCGUACCUUUGUUCUUAUUGUUACAACCCUGGGCAUCUUCUCUCCGUUGGCAUGUUUUAAGCGGAUUGAUUCCUUAAGAUUUACAUCUGCCUUAUCAGUUGCUCUGGCAGUUGUUUUUCUUGUCAUUACUGUGGGAAUAGCAAUUGUCAAGUUGAUUAGUGGAACUAUAAUGAUGCCUAGAUUGCUACCUGAUGUCACUGAUUUGAGCUCAUUCUGGAAACUCUUCACUGUAGUCCCUGUUUUAGUCACUGCAUAUAUCUGCCACUACAAUGUUCACAGCAUAGAUAAUGAACUGGAAGACUCUACGCAGAUAAAGCCAGUUGUGCGAACAGCACUUGCUUUAUGCUCAACCGUUUACAUAAUGACAAGCUUUUUUGGAUUCCUCCUAUUCGGUGAUGCAACAUUGGAUGAUGUGCUUGCCAACUUUGAUACUGACCUUGGUAUUCCCUAUAGUUCGCUUCUUAAUGACGCUGUUCGUGUUAGCUAUGCUGCUCACCUCAUGCUUGUAUUCCCCAUUGUCUUCUAUCCACUGCGACUCAACAUGGAUGGCCUCCUCUUCCCUUCUGCAAGGCCUUUAGCUCUGUCUAAUAUGAGGUUUGCUUUUAUUACUGCUGGACUCAUCACAGUUAUCUUCUUGGGUGCAAAUUUUAUACCCAGCAUCUGGGAUGCUUUCCAAUUCACUGGAGCAACUGCUGCAGUUUGCCUUGGGUUCAUUUUUCCUGCUGCUAUUACUCUCAGGGAUCGGCAUUUUAUAGCAACGAAGAAGGGCAAGUUCUUAGCACUUUUCAUGAUUGUCGUUGCUGUAUUUUCAAACUUGGUUGCUAUAUAUAGUGAUGCCUAUGCUCUUUUAAAGAAGAAUUCUGGAACAGGACUCAGGGCAUGAUCUAUCUGGAUCUUUCCCUUGAUAGCAGGGAAGGAGAUUUAUGGUCAUGUUUCCAUUGAAGAGACCUGCUUUAUAGAAUCAUUUGAUAUCAAAUUUGAAACUUCGUGUUUUUGAAGGAGGUUUCGUAAUCUAUUUAAUGAGAUGAACUUUUCUUCCAGUGUUUAAAAGUUAGAUUGUUAGGGAAGUGUACGGACUGUUAUACACCAUCCCCCCCCCC